AUGAUGAAUCAGAAUUCAUCACAAAGCAAUCUCAAUCUUUCACAAAAUAAUUAUAAUUUUAUGUCAAGACCACAACAACCACUUGAACUUGUACCAGCUGGACAAUCUUAUACUCAACUAACUUAUGAGCCUAAUCAUAAAUGUACGGUCUGUGGUCACGUUCACUCCUGUCAAGAUUGUCAACGGGCGAUGCUAUUUCAGCAAGCUUUGGAACCUCAAGAAACUAAAUAUAUGGAUCCAUUUAUUUUAAAUACUGCAAAGAAAAUGGCAAGAAAAUAUCGAAGGACGGAAGUGGAUCCUUAUUCAAGAAUUAAAGUAUCUAGAAAUGUUGGUAUUUCACAAGAUGAAAUUUUGGAACGAACAUUCAAAAAUCCAACUUUAAGUAUCACGGACAUUGUAAAUCAAAUUAAUAAAGAAAAUGAAGAAGCUCGAGAAAAAGCUUUAAUGGAAGAAAGUGAUUAUUAUAAUAUGAAGACAGAUAAUAGAAGGAUUAAUAAUAUUUAUAUUACUACACCUGCUACACCUAUUACACCUAUUAUACCUAAUCCUCCUUCCACAAUUUAUACUCCUCCAAUAUCAUCACCUCAUUUUAGAAAUAUAUCAACUUUUGGUUUAGGACUUACCGAUCCUACUUUAGGAUAUAAAAAAGCCAUUAUAAAAUAUGCCGCACCUAGACAACCUGCAGCGGUUAAAAAACAGUUACCUAAUCCAGUGACCCCAAAUUUAAAGAUGGUUAGUGGUAGUACAUUAUCCGAGAUGGGUAUUUUCUUUAAAAGAUUAUGGGGAUGGUAUUAG